AUGUUCAAGUUUGCCUCGCUCGUUGCCCUCGCGGGGCUAGCGACCCGUGUCGCCGCCCACGGAGCCGUUACUAGCUAUGUUAUCGAUGGAACGACAUACCCAGGAUACACUGGCUUUUCGCCGUCCACCACCCCAGUCAUCCAGUGGCAAUGGCCGGAUUAUAAUCCUACUUUUGAUCCUGCUGACUCCAAGGUUAUGUGUAAUGGAGGGAAUAGCGCUGCUCUCAGCGCAACGGUACCUGCUGGUGGAACAUGGACGCACAUGGAAGGUUCAAUCUCUGUCUAUCUUUACAAGUGCUCAGGAGCAUUCUCGUCUUGCACUGGUAGUGGCAACGGCUGGUUCAAGAUUGAUGAAGCUGGUCUCCUGAGUGGAACUAUGUACAGCGGUACAUGGGGUGCCGGUCAGGUUCUCAAGGCCCUCCAAUGGAGCACGAAGAUUCCAGCAAGCCUAGCUCCCGGAAACUAUCUCGUCCGCCACGAGCUCAUUGCCGUUCACCAAUCCAAUGCUCCUCAAUUCUACGCCGAGUGCGCCCAAAUUGUCGUCACUGGCUCUGGAACCGCAUCUCCAUCCGGUAGCUACCUUGUUUCCAUCCCUGGCUACUGCAAACUCUCCGAUUCGAACGUCAAAUUCGACAUCUACAGCGAGGCAGCGAAGACAAUUACCUCUUGGGAUGUUCCCGGACCUCCGGUCUGGCCAAACGGUACUCCUGCAUCCACCACCCAGGGAGGCUCGACCAGCCAAGGUGGUUCAUCGACUGCUUCCUCAACAAGGUCUUCGUCGACAUCAUCUACCCGUACCAGUACCUCGAACGGAGCGUCCCAGACUCUCUAUGGCCAGUAA